AUGAACGGUGUCAGUAUUGAGUACCAUGGGCUGCGGGUGGGCUCGGCCCUCCUCAGUAUCGUAUCCGGCUGCAUCAUCAUCGGCGUGUCGAAGGACUGUCACGCUGACGCUGUGGGGGGAAUCUUCCUCGGAGCAGGAGGACUCGGUCUCCUGAUCGCUGUGUAUCCAUUCAUUAAAGCUUGGCUGAAUGUCCAUCACAUUUUACCCAACAUAGGAAACCUCAGAGUUCACCCCAUAGCGCCACCUCUGGCCCCUGAACAGCCCGCAGACUCUCUCCGAAGAGAAGGCACUCUAGGUCAGAUGGAGCGAUCGAAGAGCCGCAUGGGGACGUUUGCAGAGGCGGGAGCUGCUGCAGCUGAGGGCCCUCAGGAAGACGGACCCUCUACAGAUGCCCCAGAUAUUUUGGGCAGGCGUAAACCCAAACUCUCCGAAGUGGACCUUCCAUAACCAUCAGCUGUGUGAAAGAAUUCUCUGUGUGAGAGUAUUAUAAUAUAAUAUACAUUAGAUUCAGACCUGAAAUAAAUCUCUAAAAUUAAUUCAAAACAAAUGAAACAAACAAAGUGAUGUAUGCAAUUAGAAAAAUGUUUAGAUGUCCUGAGAUGCAUCUUCACCACAGUUGUGUAUCUUUGCCUCAGGCCGUCUCUUCAGACUCAGGAUCAAAUGCAAAUGUGACAUUUAUUUAAAAAUAUCCAAUAUGUCUCAUCUCCAUUCCAGUGAUGUUCGAUAGACGAAAUCCCAAUAGGAGAUUUAAAAUCAAUCAUUUUGUCUCCGAUGGAACAGAAAGAUCGAGGGCUUUAAUAGCUUGAUGUUAAAUCUGUUUAAAAAACAAAAUUUGUUUUGAGGUUAUUUGUAUUUUUUAAAGGUUUCUGGAUGAUUGCGUGCUGUCAAGA